CAAUUCAGCACCAUUUCUAUUCCCCCCCCCGUGAAAUAAUCCCAGCUUAAUUCAUCCUCUGAACCACCCCUCCUAGAUUCUCUACCCGAGAAUAAAGGGACCAAAAGUGAAAUUUGGAUAAAAACAAACAACACACAGAAAACCCCAAUCCAUUGCCAUUUCAAUCCCUAAAACCCAGAUAUGGACCCUCGCCGCGCUCCCCGCACCGUCAGCGAUCCCAAGGUCCGGCACGUCGGUUUCUUCGCUCCCGGAGCUCCACCCGACCGCUCUCAUUCCGUUCCGACCGACCCGCUGACAUCGUCGCCUCCGGUGUCCGGAAUUUCCCCCGCCAGCAAUUCCUUGUCCCCAGUCAUGAUCCCUCCGCCGCGGCCCCUCUCCACCGACCUAUCCCGCCAGUUCGCUCACUCUCCGCCGGUGUCCCCUCUCCGCGUCGCCGGUGCCGCCGAUUCUCCUUUUCCUGUCGGCAGUUACAAUCAGUCGGAAUUUCUAUCCCCUACCACUACUACGGAAUAUUCCGAGGAUCCGCUUUCCCCUAGCUGGGGUCGUAAGGGCAGUUCUGGAAAUUUCACUUCCUCAUUGCUGGCUGGCGAAAUUGAGAUGGCGUUGGAGGAGCAGAAUAGUGUUUUUAACUUGCCCCGAGAUGGAGGGGCAAAUGUGGAAAUUCAGGAGCUGAGGGCAGUGAGUGGUAAGCAAAUGAAGGAGAAGCCAACGAAAGCAGAAAGAAGGGCAAUUCAAGAGGCUCAGAGAGCUGCAAAGGCUGCAGCUAAAGGUCAAGGAAGUAAGACAUCUGCUGCUGCUACUGUUGUCAAUCCCGUAAAUGUCAAUAUAAAGAAGCCUGUGAAAGCUGUUUCACAAAAGAAAGACAACUCUUCAGUUGCAGUUUCUGAGAAAAGAGUUAGUGAUCGUCAACCAGAUAAAGAUAGGAAGAAAGAAAUCCCGCAUCCAAGGAUGCAGUUUGAUGAUGCGAACAGAGUUGAGAAGGCAAAGAAGCGGUCUGUAGUUAAACAAAUUGAAGCUAGGAACAGAGUUGAGCUCUUUAGGCAUCUACCUCAGUAUGAAUAUGGCUCACGGCUUCCUGACCUAGAGUCGAAGUUUUUCCAACUUGAUCCGGUUCAUCCUGCUGUUUACAAGGUUGGGCUGAGAUAUCUAGCUGGGGAUAUAUCUGGUGGCAAUGCCCGCUGCAUUGCUAUGCUUCAAGCAUUCCAAGAGUCAAUCAAGGAUUACUCCACACCACAAGAGAAGUCCCUUAUAAGAGACUUGACAACCAAAAUAAAUGGUUACGUCUCUUAUCUGAUUGAAUGUAGACCUCUUUCAAUCAGCAUGGGGAACGCAAUUAGGUUUCUGAAAACUCGAAUUGCCCAAUUGUCUCUUAACCUGUCUGAGUCAGAGGCAAAGGCCAAUCUUAUUUCUUGUAUCGAUUCUUUUAUAACAGAGAAAAUAAUUCUAGCUGACAAGGUAAUUGUGAAGCAUGCUGUAACCAAAAUUAGGGACGGUGAUGUUCUUCUCACACAUGGGUCUUCAUCCGCUGUUGAAAUGAUACUAUCGCAUGCUCACGAGCUUGGCAAAAUGUUCCGAGUGGUGAUAGUGGAUUCACGUCCAAAGCUUGAAGGCCAGAAGUUGCUCCGUAGGCUUGUGGGAAAGGGUGUUCAUUGUACUUAUACUCAUAUAAAUGCUGUUUCUUAUAUCAUGCAUGAAGUCACUAAGGUACUGUUAGGUGCAUCUUCGGUGCUAUCUAAUGGAACUGUAUACUCGAGGGUUGGCACUGCAUGUGUUGCUAUGGUAGCCCAUCAGUUUCGUGUCCCAGUCUUGAUAUGUUGCGAAGCAUACAAGUUCCAUGAAAGAGUUCAACUUGAUUCAAUUUGCUCCAAUGAACUUGGUGAUCCUGAUGCUAUUUCAAAAGUUUCUGGUAGAAAUGAAAUCAAUGCUUUGGAUGGUUGGGCCAAUACCGAGAAUCUACAACUCUUGAACCUGACUUACGACGCAACACCUUCGGAUUACGUGUCAAUGAUUAUAACUGAUUAUGGCAUGAUCCCACCAACUAGUGUUCCCGUUAUUGUUCGAGAAUAUCGCAGAGAAAACCUGUGGAUAUAGGGAGGAGCAAUGCAAAUAAUUCUGGAAAAAAAGUCUUGCUUACAGAUGGAAAAAAAAAAAAGUUAAUCAAGAGUUUCACAUUAAGCGUUAAUCUCGGUAUCUGGUUUUUGAUAUAAUUUUUGUUACAACCCCAUCGGAGAAUAAUCUCUUCUCGACACAAACUGAAUCCCAUUUUUCAUCUGACCCUGACGCUGUGAAGAGUGCGAAUAGUUCCGCCUCUCCGGGUAGUUUUUGGAAUGCAUGAAUGAGUUUUGUCAAUCUCCCGAUAGCAGAAGUAAUUGUUAUUUUUGUAGGAAGAAUGCUAAUAACUACAGGUGAUUUUUUGUUGGAUGUUUGCAUUUUCUUGAGGGGUGAAGUUCUGAAUAUGACCCAAUGUGUGACCA